AAUUCGUUCAGUUUUGUGUUGGAAAACAACUAUUUAUAACUCAAAAUGAGUGCCGAUAAGUUCCUCCAACUUCAAAAGGAUGUGAGGCAUAAUCAAGAAGACCUCAAGGCUUUCAUGAGAGAUCUAAAUUCAUGGGAAACCAACAUCAAACAAACAGAUAAAGAAUUAAAUCAAGAUGCCGGAGGAACAGCUGUAAGUUCGCAAGAAAAGGUGAUACCACCAAUAAGGAACAAAAAGGUGGACGCCAAGAAGAAGCGCAAGAAGAAGAAGGAUGUUGUAAAAGAACCUGAGAUCACUGAACAUACUCCUUCUCUCACCAAUGGUUCAUCUAGUGCAGAGAGGAAAAAGAUCAGAGGAUAUGACUAUAGGUCGUGGGAUAAAUUUGAUGUGGAUGCAGCAUGUGCAGAGUUGGAUAGUGAUGAUGAAGAAAGUACAAGGAAGACACAGGCUCAAGAGGAAGAUGACGAGGAGGAGACAGACAGUGAAGCAGAGAGGGAAGAAAUGGAAGCACAGAGAAAAAUCAUGGAGGCUAAUGCUGAAAAGGAAAAGGGCAACACCUUCUUCAAGAAAGGCAAGUAUGAAGAUGCUGUAGCCUGCUACUCUAAAGGUCUCAAGGUCGACCCUGACAAUGCACUGCUUUCUGCCAACAGGGCAAUGGCUCUCCUGAAAUUGAAGAGGUUUGAAGAAGCAGAGAAGGAUUGCGACUCAGCGAUUUCACUUGACUCUACCUAUAUCAAGGCCUAUGCCAGGAGAGGCACUGCUAGACUGGAGCUCGGUAAACUGGAAGAAGCCCAAAAAGAUUUCGAGCAAGUGCUGAAUAUAGAAACAGAGAACAAGCAAGCUAAGAAUGAGAUAAAGAAGAUAGAUAAACUACUCAAAGAGAGAGAGGAAGAAAGACGUCGAGCAGAGGAACCAUCAAACGUAGUUCACGCUGUCAAUAAACCACCCCAUCUCAGGUCAAAGAGACCUUUGAAGAGAAUGACAAUUCAGGAAGUUGGAAAGGGAGUGGCUGAAGAGAAACAGAGGGAGAGAGAAAAGUUGAAAAUAGAAAGAGAAAACGUAAAAAUGCAACAAGAAAAGACUGACAGGACAUCUUCGGACCGUAACAAUCAAAAUGCAGAUGUUGAUAGAACAGGUGAAAAAAAGAUCCAAGAGAUCAAAUCAAGGACCGGUGAAGGCAAGGGUGAAAGGUCAGAACAAAAAGAUCGUCCACAAACUUCGGGCUCACCGCGAGGCAAGGGGGAUUCCCCACGAGAAGGAGGAGGGAAAUCCCCUACAGUGUCAUCAGUCAAGCCAACCCUUCCAGGUGUGCCAUCUACCUCCUACCAGCUACAAGCAGACUGGAAAAGACUGCAGUCACACCCUGACAUCUUGUUUGAAUAUUUCAAGAAAAUUCCAUCGGCCACCUAUCCAAAGCUCUUCCAGAACUGUCUAGACUCUGCUAUGCUGAACCAGAUUCUCCAUCUCUUGACCACGUCUUACAUUCCGUCCAACACACCCAUCUCUGAAACUCUGGAGAGGCUAACAGCUGUAAAGCGGUUUGAUAUGAACAUCAUGUUUAUGUCUCCGAGAGAAAAACAAGUGAUUCAAGGACUGUUCUCCCACUUGAAAUUGGAAGUGGAUGAGCAAAAGUAUCAGCAGCUUGCGAAGAAGUAUGGAUUAUGACACGGCAGUCACUUUCAUUCAGAGCAUGAAGCUUGAACAGCUGUUUAUGAACUCACUGAUUGACAACAGAACUUUCAGAUGUACGAAUUUGAGAUCGUAGAUGCAGUGACUGAUUGAAAUGUUCUCCAUUUACUAUCUGGAUUAUGUAUAUGUCAGUCAGAGCAGGAGAUCGAAAGUUGAAUAAUCCAAGUUUGUAUGUGGUUGUCAUAUGAAGAGAAUUGUAUCACUACAUUAGCUAAUGAUUAAGAAUGUUUCAUGAUGUCACAAAUAAAAGUAAAGCCCUAGUCUACUUGCUGUGAACAGAGGAAGAUGGAGGCCCUGUUGAAAUUGUGUUUUCUUUGUACACAUUAAAAUAAAUGAGGCUAUAGUUCUUACUCAAAAGAUUAUCAAACUUAAAUCACAUCAUCUCUCAGAAAUGCUUGAACUAAUAGUGAUUAUCAUCCUUCUUCCUAAAAUGUUUUCAUUUCAAUUUUUGUUACUGAUUCCAAGCAUUAUCAAACUUUUUUGAAAUAAUGAAAACCUUCAGUAACUGAAUAGUGCAAAUAUCUAUCAUAAAAUGUUUAGAAAUCACUGAAGAUUUUAAACCAGUCAAGAUAAUGUAUUUAAACACACAGAGCAAAAUAACUAUCUACAAAUUACAUUUUUUGGAGAUGUAUCACACUCAAUGUUCGUCAUCUGGGUCAACGUAGUGUCAUAUGACACAUAGUUUUGACUCUAUAAAAGGAAUAUAUUUUGUUACAUUAACAAUCACCCUUAAAAGUCUGCAUCUUUUACUUGUUUUUCAUACAUUUUCAGAACCAAAAUAUACAAUCCUCCAUGUGUGGAAUUUAUUCAA